AUGAUAACCAAAAUUUUGGAUUGUAUUUUUAUUGGAGAUAUAUUCUCUACCGCUGAAAUAAAUAUUGAGAAAUUUAAAAUCCAAAUAGUUUUAACCCUUUCAUCUCAACCUUUGGCUUUAGAAAAAAGAAUAAUUGGUGUUGAUUACCAAUUUAUUUAUAUGUUAGACGUUGAAAAUCAAAAUAUUUUUAGUUCAAAUAUUUUACAAAAAACAUUUAAUUUAUUACAAAAAUGUUGGGAAAAUAAACAGUCAAUACUUGUACAUUGUGAAAGUGGAAUAAGUAGAUCAGUCACAAUUAUUAUUGCUUUUUUGAUGAAAAAAAAUAAUUGGAGUUAUCUAAAUUCUUUUAAUUUUUUGAAGGAAAAACAUUCAAUUGCGAGGUUUUUUCGUUAA